AUGGCCUUAUCUAACGGCUUCUCCUCCUCCCUUGCUUCUCAUACUGCAGCCAUCAAUGGCGAGCACUCGACAGAUCAUGGCGGGCUUGAUAUGCCUGACCAAUCCCACAAUUUCACUUCCUCCGAAUCCUCACCCGAGGCAGAUGCCGGCGAUGAGUCGUAUGCCGGCGGCUCGCCCCAUGCGGACGCGGUUGAGGAUGGUUUUGCGUCGCAUCAUAGUGAGAGUGACAGCAGUUCGUCCAGUGCGGAAAAUUCUUCACCGCGUGAAAUCAAUCGUGGGUUGAAGCGUAAAUCGUCGUCGAUUAGCGAAUCCGACUUCAUGCGGCAGAAUCCCGACCUCUACGGUCUUCGUCGUAGCGGGAGAGCUAGAACUACGCGUCAGGUGGUGCAAUCUGGUUCUUCAGACUCCGAAUCAGAUGCCGUGGUCUCACGCGCCAAGCGUCGACGCCCCGUAGCUUCUCAGCGGUCGUCCAAGCAGCUUUCGCCCUCGCCGGUCCAGUCAUCCUACUCGGAGGAGUCGGAGAGUGAUGAGUAUGGAGGCCCCUCUCGCACAAGUAAGGCGAAACGGCGGCGUCUGCUCCAGGCCGCUUUGAACCAAGAACCUUCCCAUGCUGAAGUUCGCUUCUCAACCCGCAAUGCCUCUAGAGUCUCAAACUAUAAUGAAGAUGACGAUGACUCGAUGUUUGAAGAUGAGGCUGAUGAAGACGUGACGGAAAACUACUGGGUCAACAAUGUGGAAGAUACUAGGCCGGCAGUAGAUGUCGUCCUCAACCACCGCCCUAAAGCAGACGUCAACCCGGGGGACCCGGACGUCGGUCGCCAUUCGUUUGAGUUCUACAUCAAGUGGCAAGGGAAGUCGCAUUACCAUGCUACAUGGGAAACAUACGAAUCGCUCUUGAAUUGUCGUUCCACACGCAGAGUUGACAACUACGUUCGAAAGGUCCUCUCUGAAGAGCUUCGCAUGAAUCAUGACGAGGAUGCCAUGCCGGAGGAACGGGAAAAGUGGAACCUGGACCGCGAAAGGGACGUAGACGCCAUUGAGGAUUACAAACAAGUCGAACGUGUGAUCGCCACAAGGGACGGGGAUGAGGGAACAGAGUACCUCGUCAAGUGGAAACGCCUCUUCUACGACUCGUGUACCUGGGAGAGUGAAAGUCUCGUUAGUGAGAUUGCCCAACGCGAGAUCGACCGCUUCUUGGAUCGUUCUUCUCAUCCUCCUUUGUCCGACAAAAAUGAAAUGAAUCCCGCCACGAGGAAACCUUUUGAACCAAUCAAAGGGACCCCGACCUUCCUACAAAAUGGCGAGCUCAAGGAUUUUCAGGUCAAGGGUGUCAAUUUUAUGGCUUUCAACUGGGUGAAGAACCGCAACGUCGUGCUCGCUGAUGAGAUGGGUCUGGGUAAAACCGUCCAGACCGUCGCCUUCAUUGCGUGGCUGCGCCAUGUGCGACGUCAGCAAGGACCGUUCAUUGUCGUCGUCCCUCUUUCGACUAUGCCCUCAUGGGCUGAGACAUUUGAUAACUGGUCGCCCGACUUGAAUUACAUCGUCUACAAUGGCAAUGAAGCUGCACGUAACAUGCUCAAGGAUCAUGAGCUCAUGAUCGACGGCAACCCGAGGCGUUCCAGAUUCAACGUCCUUCUCACUACUUAUGAAUAUGUUCUGCAAGACGCUGCUUUUCUCAGCCAGUUCAAAUGGCAAUUUAUGGCCGUCGACGAAGCACAUCGGUUGAAAAAUCGUGAUUCGCAGUUGUACCAGAAACUCCUUGAGUUCAAAUCCCCAGCUCGUCUUUUGAUCACCGGAACUCCCAUCCAGAACAAUCUGGCUGAACUGGCUGCUCUGAUGGAUUUCUUGAACCCUGGCGUCAUUGAUGUUGACGUCGACAUGGAUCUCAACGCCGAAGCAGCCUCUCAGAAGCUUGCCGAGUUGACCAACGCCAUUCAACCUUAUAUGCUUCGUCGGACGAAGUCCAAGGUCGAAUCGGACCUUCCACCCAAGACGGAGAAGAUCAUUCGGGUGGAGCUUUCUGACGUACAACUCGAGUAUUACAAGAAUAUUCUUACAAAGAACUACGCGGCUUUGAACGAUGGCGCCAAGGGUCAAAAACAAUCGCUACUCAAUAUCAUGAUGGAGCUGAAGAAGGCUAGUAACCACCCCUUCAUGUUCCCUAAUGCCGAAGCUCGGAUACUUGAGGGCAGCACGCGCCGGGAAGACAUCCUGAGGGCGCUGAUCACUAGCAGUGGCAAAAUGAUGCUCCUUGAUCAGCUCUUGGCUAAGCUCAAAAGAGACGGUCACCGUGUUCUCAUCUUCAGUCAGAUGGUGAAAAUGCUCGAUUUGCUGGGUGAUUAUAUGGAGUCUCGUGGAUAUACUUAUCAACGUUUGGACGGAACGAUCCCUGCCGUGUCUCGUCGCCUGGCCAUCGAGCAUUUCAAUGCUCCGGACAGUAGCGACUUCUGCUUCCUUCUCUCGACUCGUGCUGGUGGUCUUGGUAUCAACCUGAUGACGGCCGACACCGUGGUCCUAUUCGAUUCGGAUUGGAAUCCCCAGGCUGAUCUUCAGGCUAUGGCGAGAGCGCAUCGAAUUGGUCAGACAAGACCGGUGAGCGUCUAUCGUCUCGUAUCCAAAGAUACGGUUGAAGAAGAAGUCAUUGAGCGCGCUCGCAACAAGCUUUUGCUUGAGUUCAUAACCAUCCAAAGAGGCGUCACCGAUAAAGAGGCCUCUGAGCUUCAGAGCAAGAUGGCUCGCAGUGGCGCCUUUGCUGCCGAACCGAAUUCCACCGAGGAUAUUUCUCGCAUUCUCAAACGUCGUGGUCAAAAGAUGUUUGAGCAGACGGGCAACCAACAGAAACUGGAACAAAUUGACAUUGAUUCCGUACUGGCAAACGCCGAACUCCAUCAGACUGAGCAGGCGGAGGGUAUCCAGGCGGAUGGUGGUGAAGAAUUCCUCAAGGCAUUUGAUUUCGUUGACAUCAAGGUUGACGACCUGAGCUGGGACGAUAUCAUCCCCAAGGAUCAAUUGGAAGAAAUCAAAGCGGAAGAAAAGCGGAAAGCCGAUGAUCUUUAUCUCGCCGAGCAAAUUGAGAUGAGCCGCGGGAGGAAGCGUACUGCUCCGGGGGACGGACAGAACUCUCGGGAGGAACGAAAAGCCAAACGGCAAGCCAGGGCUCAAGUUGCUGUGGAUGAUGGCGAGGAAUCCGAUGAAAGCCACCACCUGGAUCCCAAGCGUCCUCUUCUGGAGAAAGAGUACCGCCAUCUCCUGCGGGCCUUCUUACGCUAUGGUGACAUUGACGACCGCGAGGAAGAUGUGAUCCGAGAGGCGCGUCUAUUGGAUCGCGAUAGGGAGACUGUACGUACAGCUCUCCGGGAAAUUACCGAAAAGGCCGCCAAACUGGUCCGGGAAGACAUCGCCAAAAUGGAGGCGUUGGAAAACGCAGGCAAAAUGCCAACAAAGAAGGAGAAGAAAGCGGUGCUCUUUGACCACCAUGGUGUGAAGCGUCUCAAUGCCUAUACCAUCAUGGAACGACCCAACGAGAUGCGCAUCCUCCGGGAGGCCACAACAGCGGUCCCUGACUUCAAGAACUUUCGCAUUCCAGAAGCUACCAAGGCCGCUGAUUAUUCUUGCCAAUGGGGUGCUCGUGAAGAUGGCAUGCUGUGCAUUGGUAUCGCGCGCCAUGGAUACGGCGCCUGGACACAGAUCCGUGACGAUCCGGACCUUGGCCUUGGGGAUAAGUUUUUCUUGGAAGAGCAUCGCGUUGAGCGGAAGAAUGAGCGUCUGACCACCGAGGACAAGACCACCAAGUCUCCCGGAGCAGUUCACCUCGUUCGUCGUGCCGACUACCUGCUAUCGGUCUUGAAAGACAAAGUCACCAACGGCACGAAUCUUACCGCGAAGAAGGCGGUCGAGAACCAUCAUCGGAACAAUCGCAAAAAUGCUCGUGGCCACGCCAGUGCCAGCGUCUCAGCCUCUCCUGCGCCAUCUAUUCCUCGCAAAGGCCAUCGUGAAACUGACCGGUCAAGACAUCGUUCCCAGACUCAUGGGAUUCGGCACAGCGUUGAGAGGACCCACACCCCAAGUCGUGAUACUCGUCCCAAAUCUAGCCACGAAAAUAAUGGACCUUCUCGCCAUAGAUUGUCGGACGCCUCGAGCGACGGUGUACGCCGCCGCAAGCCGAGCGACACUAGCAAUGCGGAUGAAAUGAGUCGUUUGUUCUUCCGGCCUAUUCGCGAGCAGCUCAAGAGAGUUGCGGGAGUGACAAAGGAGAAUUUCCCUAACAAAAGCCGCCGUGCAUCAGAGUUGGGUAGGUUGCUUGCUAUCAUUGGCUCGUUCAUCAUCAAGACACUUCAUGGGGAGAACUACAUGGCCUCCCUUGAGCUUCGCUUAUGGGACUAUGUGGCUACGAACUACUGGCCAAAUCACGAUGCUGGCGGUAAACAACUCCACGCGAUGUAUCAAAAACUCGCUGCCAGGGAGGCUGCUGCCAAGAAGAAGGCGGCGGCCGAGCCCUCGCCAUUCUCUAUCAGAGAGUAA